AUCCCAUCGCUACCCGUUGCUCCGGUCGCCCACCUAGGUGCUCUCUGCAGUUGUCUCUCUGAUAUUCCUAUAUCUUCUGCCGUCCUUUGUGCUUUGAGAGCCGUUUGCCUGUCUUCCGUGGAUCUCCCUGCGGGCCAGCACCCAAACAAACCCUCCGUCGCAAUCACCCGACAACCGCUGGUCAAGUCCUUGCCAGUUUCUUACAGCCCAUUGCUACUACCAUAACCAGCUCACUCGUCGCCAUGUCUGAACAGCCUUACGAUCCGUAUAUCCCUUCUGGUGCGAAUGGCGCCCACGAGGCGAGCGCCGCGAGUGGCGGUAACCAGAGGACGGCCGCCCUGCAGAACACCAUCAACGACACCGUCAACGUGAUGCGUGAGAACAUCAACAAGGUAUCGCAACGUGGCGAGCAGCUGGAUUCCCUGCAAGACAAGACAGACAACCUGGCCGUGUCCGCGCAAGGGUUCCGUCGCGGUGCGAACCGGGUGCGCAAGCAGAUGUGGUGGAAGGAUAUGAAGAUGCGUGUGUGCCUGGUUAUCUGUGUCAUCAUCCUGAUCAUCGUCAUCGUUGUGCCGAUUGUCACCGUCAAGAAAGGCUAAGCCGCCGAGACAUGCGUUAUGCUUUGGAAUGGUUUUCUGUUGUGGAGCACUGAUUUUCUUAUUGUUUUUUUUUCUCUCUUUUCUUUUGUUAUAUUUCCUUCUGGCCGC